AUUCAUAUUAGGGAUUGGACUAUUGACCAUGUUGGACUUGGAGAACUUCAUCAAGAAGGAUUUUGAACCUUACACAAAAUCCUUUUCUUAAAAGAAACCAAAUCUUCUUAUAAUCCUUUUUCUUUUAAAUUCUAACUUUUGGAAGUGAUGAGCUAUUGGUGACUCAUGCAGCAAAAAGCUAGAUUCAACUUCCACAUCUACAUCCCCUUUAAAUACACACCAUUUCCCAAAAACAAUAUUCAUCACAACCUGAAGAAACAUUCAACAGAUCGUUGGCACUGAAUUCCAUUUCAUUCAUCAAAAGAAAGAAAGAAAAUGAACAAUCAGAUGCUUAAACAAGUUACUGGAGUGCCAAUCAAAGCAGCAGCAUAUGGAGUUGAAAGAAGAACAUCAAGGCAAUACUUACCUGAUGCUGCAGGCCAAUACCACAUUUCAUCACAAGGGGCUACAAAAAGCAAAGGGAACUUUGUACUCGAAAGAAUGAACUUGAUAGGGAAGAAAGCUGGUACCUUCGCCCACGGUGUCCGAGAGCAUGUGAGAUUGGGGCCAAAGAUUAGUGAAACAGUGAAGGGAAAGCUGAGGUUAGGGGCAAGGAUUCUUCAAGUAGGAGGGUUGGAGAAUGUUUUCAAGCAGUUGUUUAGUUUCAGAGAAGGAGAGAAGCUGUUAAAGGCUUGCCAAUGUUAUUUAUCAACAACAGCAGGCCCUAUUGCAGGCCUACUUUUCAUCUCAUCUGAAAAGGUUGCCUUUUGCAGUGAGAGAUCAAUCAAAAUCCCUUGUCCAAAUGGAGAAUAUGUGAGAGUCCAUUACAAGGCUGUGGUUCCAGUUGAGAAAAUAAAGGGCGUGAACCGGAGUGAGAAUAUGAAGAAACCAUGUCAAAAGUACAUGGAAAUUGUGACAGUGGAUGGUUUCGAUAUCUGGUUGAUGGGGUUCUUGAAUUAUCAGAAAGCUUUCAAAUGUCUGCAGCAGGCAAUCUCACAGAGACUGGAUGAUGUAGACACUUUCUAGGUGGCUUAAGAGAUUGUUUUGUCGAUGAAAUGUGGAAGAGUAAUCAGUAAAUCACUGUUACAAAUGUAAAAAAAGGUUUUUGUAGAUUGAAUAUGCGAUCCUUAAUUAAGGAUCAAAAUCAAAAUCUAUUUUAUGUUGAUUUUUACUUUCUUUUUACUGGGAUUCUUUAUAUCUGGCGCGAAUAUGUUCUCAAA